GCACUGUUGGUAACAUUUGAGUUUAAAACCUCGAAACUAUGCACAAGAGGAGACUCAUGACGCGCCAGGUGUUGCCUGCUGUUAGCGCUGUGCAUUAUUGUCAGUGUAGCGGGAUUGGUGGCGGUAACGUCUCAUUCCUACGUAUUUAACUUUCUCUUGAAUGGGGCAACGUCAGAGCGCCGGUGUGAGGCUGGAGCCGCAGGAGCGCACCGGUUUUUUUUGCGGAUUUGGCCGCAGACGCGAGAAGAGGCUGCAGGAGGACGCAGCCAGAGCGCUGAUGGCUCAGUGACAGUUGGGUACUGUGUGUCUGUGUGCUGUUUAUUUAUUAACAGUCAGCGAUGUGGAGCCCAUCGAGGAAAUAAUGGAACUGUGCCCUUUUUUUUUUUUUUCGUCGGACAGGGAGACCGGGUGCCCUUUUGGAUUGACUUUACGCUGUGAAGUUGUCAUUGAAGCGAUGGGACGUUUAUUUUGAAAUAUAAAAUCAAGCUACAGCUGACCGCGUCUCCGUGAGUAAGAGGGAUGCUGAUGACUUAAGUAAGCAGACAGAGGAGAGGAUUCCUAACAACAGUUUGGGACUUACAAACUGGGCAGACAGAAGAGCUCAGGCCAGUCAAUACUCUGAGGAAUUAAAUUAGCACUACCUUUUCAGCUCCUCAGCUCAAAUUAUGUCAGAUCUAAUUUACAGGGAGCAAAUGUUCUGCCCAGAGAGGGUUCCCUUCAAACAUCUCAUCGCUUGUCAUUUAUCAGAAGAUACAAUGAUGUCAAUUGUUUGCGAGGCUGAAGAACAGGAGCCUCUUAGAGUCAAAUUCUGUGGAUGUAGUGUAGCAAGACUCUUCAGCAUGACUUAAAUGAACUCUCCCCAACCCUCACAUGUUCAGGGAUGGCUCUCAUGAACCUCACAACUGUAAUCGACAAUGGGUUUUUGGAUGAGGCGCCGUCGGGCCGCGUCCUGACUGGCUGUUUCCUUUCGCUGCUGAUCCUCAGCACCUUGCUGGGAAACACGCUUGUUUGUGCUGCCGUCACCAAGUUUCGCCAUCUGCGCUGCAAAGUGACCAACUUUUUUGUGAUCUCGCUGGCCGUGUCAGACCUCCUGGUUGCCAUCUUGGUGAUGCCGUGGAAGGCGGUGACAGAGAUCGCCGGGUUCUGGCCGUUCGGCUCUUUCUGUGACACCUGGGUGGCUUUUGACAUAAUGUGCUCCACCGCGUCUAUUUUGAACCUUUGUGUGAUAAGCCUAGACCGCUACUGGGCUAUCUCCAGCCCUUUUCGCUACGAGAGGAAGAUGACACCCCGAGUGGCCUAUGUGAUGAUCAGUGUGGCCUGGACACUGUCUGUGCUGAUUUCCUUUAUCCCGGUGCAGCUCAACUGGCACAAGGCCCAAAGUAAAUCUUACACCCCUCUCCCUGGGUCCUCUGGCUCUUCAGGUUUCAAUGCUACAUCUUACAGCACCCAAGAGAACUGCGACUCAAGCCUGAACCGGACCUACGCCAUCUCCACCUCUCUCAUUAGCUUUUACAUCCCUGUGGCCAUCAUGGUGGCCACCUACACCCAGAUAUACCGCAUUGCCCACAGACAAAUCAGGAGGAUCUCUGCCUUGGAGCGAGCGGCCGAAAGUGCCCAGAACAGACACGACAGCAUUUGCGGAGGCUCCAGCAUCGCAGAGUCCGAGAGCUCUUUCAAAAUGACGUUCAACAGGGAGACCAAGGUUCUGAAGACGCUGUCGGUCAUCAUGGGGGUGUUUGUGUGCUGCUGGCUCCCAUUCUUCAUCCUCAACUGCAUGGUGCCCUUCUGUGAGCAGUCGAGCGGAGGGGAGGAUUUCACCUGCAUCAGCCCCACCACAUUUGACGUGUUUAUGUGGUUCGGCUGGGCUAAUUCCUCCCUCAACCCCAUCAUAUAUGCCUUCAAUGCAGAUUUCCGCAAGGCCUUCUCCAUCCUGCUGGGCUGCCACAGACUGUAUCCAGGAGGCCACAACAUAGAGGAAGUCAGUCUAAACAAGAAAUGACUCAUGACUCUCUCAUGGCACUGACUCAUCUUUAAUGCUAAGAGUCCUAGCAUUCCUGUAGAGGCCGGUCUGAUCGACGAGGACACUGCUCUCUGUGCUGACUCUUAGUGUGACUGAAGGAAACGGUGACCCCACAUGUACCCGUGUUUGCGUUAGGCGAGUGAACCGUCCGUGUGCAGACUGUCAGAAGGAGCUUGCCGUGCUCAUCGUGGUCGCUGCACUGUCUUCAAGCGGAAGACGCUUCUGAAAGAAGAGAGGGGACUUGGGGAUUGAGAUAAAGACUCUCCGCUGUUGUGCCGGGGAGCUGGGAGUGCAGCGGUGCUGACACGCCCCUGGGAUAGAUAAUCCCAUGACUGGGCAGCACACACCCUAAUGCUGUCAGACACUGCUCUCUUCAAUACCAUCACACACACAUACACAAACACAAACACUGUCAAAACAUGCUCCUCCAAAUUCCGUGUAAAUGCAGCACCCAGCAUGCACUCUACGACAAAUUACAUGACAGCACAUGGAAAUCAUAAUCAAACUCAUUACGUUCACAUCCUGUGCUCUGCAAGGAGUCCAGCAUUAAAGCGUCAAACCAAAUCAUGUUUCUGCACAGAUGAGCACGUAGGUAAAGUACAUCCACAUGUGACUUAAUAUUAAAGCAAGAAUGAGAGCAGAUUUGAUUUUACAUCCGGCUUAAUCCAUGAAUGUUGGGAUUUAAAAGGGAAGUUCAGGGAAGUGGACUCUUUUGAAAAUGGCAUCUGAAUUUCUUUUGGAAGUGAAGGUGCACA